GAAAAAGAAAAUAAGAAUAGAAAAGAAAAAGUGGAAAAUAAACGGAAAAACCGAGUGUAACGGUUUCCAUUUCCUUUUUUUUUCUGGCCAUGUCGAGUUGAGGUUCUCUUUCGAGAUAAAAGUGCGCAAGAGUGAGACACCGAUCUCGAUGUCUCCGCAAUUAGAUAAUGCUUAAGCUACCAAAGGGUCUAAAAAAGAAAAAGAAGAAGUCGAAAAAGGAUCAGGAGCUCUUCACCGAGGAGGAGCUCGAGCAGUAUAAGCGCGAUCUUAAGGCCAAACAGGAGGCGGCGGCCAUCAAAUCGGACGCCGGUGAAUCCGACGGUGCGGCAUCAGACGUUGAUUGCUCCACAUCCGGUACAUCUCAGCACCAUCACCAACACCAGCCUGUAGCGUCGACAUCCGGUUCCGGUUCCGGUUCUGGUUCCGCAACAGGAACAGGAGCAGGACCUGAACAAGCCACCGGCGCGGAUCAAGCGGAUACUUCCGGUGCCAACGACGAGGAAUGGGCCAAAUUUAAGGCUCUCACCUCCGGUGUCGAUAGCAUCCUUCACAAGACCCAGGACGAGCUAGAUCGGAUCAAGAAGGAGUCCUUCUAUCAGCGUCUACCCUCCGCCGCCGAGAAGAAGAAACAGGAGGAGGAGGAGGCCGCCCGCCUCGAGGCUGAGCGACUCGAGAAGGAGCGACAGCGUCUGGCCCAGAUCGAGGCGCAGCGCGAUAAGUUAGCCGAGGCGGUUGUCCAGCUAUCCGAGUCCGAGGACGAGGCCGGUGACGACGACGAGGUCGAUGAUAUCUUCGCCACCGACUACAUCGAGGCGAUAACCAGUGGUGAACUCCAGUUAGCCGUAGUACCCGAUUCGCCCAUCCUCCAGCCGGACGACGGGCCGGAUCCCUUUGAUACCGCCUACGCCGAGAAGGUCAUAGUCGGCGCCGACCGGGCCAAGGGCAACAAGAAGCUAGUCAGCCUUGGUGCAGCCGUAGAGGUCCUUUCCGGUCGCGUAGAUCGGGAUCACGCCGUCGCCUUAGCGAAUCCGAAGCGAAAACUCCGUAAGGGCAUCCAGAAUCUACUCCUCAGCGAGAGUGUCGAGUUAGCCGAUCCGGACGCGGAUCUCCUUGUUGCCACCGAGCCGCAGCACAAUCUCCUCGACGAUCUUGACGAGGAAUUGCCGGAAUCGGCGGCACCCAUCGAUCUCAGUGUCUCCCUGCACUUGCAUCUCCUACCGAAGCCCAAGGAGCAGGACGACGGAGCUGAGCAGGACGGGGGUGAGGAGGAGGAGCUGGGACUAGGACCCAUACCCGAUCUAUCCGAGUUCGAUGCCCUCAAGGACGAGGAGGACGACGAGUUUGCCGAAUUAGCUGCCGAGUCUCUGACCAAAAGGGAGGAGGUGACCAUCGUAAGUCAGGUGAUCCUGCCGCCGGCGGAGUUGCCCACAGAAGCCUUUGCCGAAGCCAGUUGGGCGGAGUUCGAGCCGGAACCGGAACCGGAAACAGGAAAACCCAAGCGUCCACCACCGCCAGUUCGUCCUGCCACAGGACCUCACAUUGUACCCGGUGCCAUCUACGUCUCCGACGACGAGGAGGAGAACCCCGACGACGAUCCCUUCAACACCAACUACGCCGAGCAGGUGAUCAAGAAGACCACCGUACUCGAGGAGGACGACGACUUUGAUCCCCGUGCCGACGAGGACGCAUCCUUCGGUACAGGAGCAUCGCUAGCGGCGCCAGCGAGAGAUCUUCUGGCUGGUAGUGCCACCGAUCUCACUAAGGUGGUGCCCGCCCCCUUGGCGCCCACUUUGAGCGUCGACCAGGAGCCGGAGGACUUUGAUCCUUUUGAUACAUCGGCGGUAACGGCUUUGGUGCAGCCCAAGGCCACGGAACUGCGAUUCCUGGAGCGGGAACUGUUGAACGAGUCCGGCGGUGGUCUGAAGCACUCGCUCAGCGAUCCGGAUUUCGAUCCCCGGGCCGACGACCAGGACAACGCCCCUCCUCCAGUUGCUGCCACUGAACCCGCGAAGGUUAAGGUCGAUCAGAUCCAACCGGAACCGGAAUUCGACGCCGCUCGCCGGAAGUCCUCGCUGAGUCUGAACAUCCAGGCCAAGAGUGUGGGAUUCCUGGUGCCAGCUCCGGAUCUACUCGGUGUGGGUAAUGAGGCCGGUGCCAACAAGAAGCCACUAACUCCGUACUACGCUCCAGUGAGUAAGUCGAUCGAAGAGAAGGACACCGAGGACGUUGAUCCUUUUGACACGUCGUACGUGCCGGAGGCGAAGCUCAGCGACAUCGAACUGAAGCACAUUGAAAACGAUCUCAUCAAGGAGUCGACGACCCUACGGCACAGUCUCUCCGAUCCGGAUUUCGAUCCCCGUGCCCCGCCCACUCCAGUGCCGGCGGAAGUGCUACUGGCCGUUGAGGAGAAUAUUGAUAUUAAGGUCCUGACCCCGGCCCAGGAGCGCAAGAAGCUAACGAACUCAGCCGGCGGUGGUGCUGGCGAUUCCGAGGAGGAUAUCGAUCCGUUCGAUACAUCGAUUGCCGCCAAUCUCCGGCCAGGAGAGACGGAACUGAAGCUGCUGGAGAACGAACUGCUGCCGGAAACCGCAAAGCCAACAGUCACCGACGUCCUCGACGUGCUGAGCGACGCCCAGGAGCUGGGACUGGGCGACAAGGUACUGACACCAUCGACGCACGCCAAGCCGGCAGUGCCCGCCCCGGAGAUCGAUCCGUUCGACACCUCCAUUGCGGAGAAUCUAGGACCAGGGGAGACGGAAAUCAAACUGCUCGAAAGUGAACUGAUCGAGCGCUAA